AUGCCGCUCUCAAGAAGCGCCGUGAGAGUCAGGAGGGCGGCGAUAGAGUGUCAGGCAACCUCCGAAAUCCCGGACGAAGGAUCAGACCGGGGACAAUGCCAAGGACGCGGACAAAAGGAUGAAUGCCAAGCUCGAUUGCAGGCCGGACUCGGAGCAGCGGCCGGCCAGGAGCCUAGAACACGAAAUGAGAUUCGACCGCAAGUGUUGACGGCCAAGCAGGAACUGGUCGACUCCAUCAGACUACCGCGACAAUUGCAGCUGCCACGAUCAUCCCCGGCAAGUAUUAUCUCGACGUCCGAAAGAAGCCAGAAGAAACGGCAGCUAAGCGAUCUUGGGCUAAACUUCCAGCCAUUGUUACCGCUCAAUAGCCAGACCCCGCUGCCGCUUCUCCCGACGACCUUUGGCGCGGGUAACCUAGGUAGCAGCAUCGUUCCGCGAAUCAGCCCGCAACCGAGCCAGGUCAUCACACGAAUAACGGAACCAUCGCCGGGCACUCACGUAACCUUUGUAACUCCGUCGGUCGUGCAAUCAGCGCAGCGCAGGAUUCACGACUUCGAUAGAUCGCACUCCUUCCAUCAUAAGCACGGACAUCACCAUGGACACCACCACGGCCAUCAUCACGAGCAUCAUUCGCAUCACGAUCAUCACGCCAAGCAUAAGCAUCAUCAUGGCCACAAGCAUCAUCACGGCCACGAGCACAAGCACGGCCACGAUCAUCACGAGGAGCAUAAGCAUCACGAGGACCACAAACACCAUCACGGUCACCACCAUCAUCACGGACAUCAUCACGGCCACAAGCACCAUUCCGAUCAUAAGCAUCAUCACGGCCAUGAGCACAAGCAUCAUCACGGUCACAAGCACGGCCACAAGCACGGCCACGAGCACAAGCAUCACGGCGAGCACAAACACCAUCAUGGACACCAUCACCACUCCAAGCACGAACAUCAUGAGGAGCAUAAGCAUCAAUCCGAGCAUCAUCAUCAUCAUAAGCAUCAUCACCACAACGAGCAUCAUCAUCACCACGAUCAUCAUCACGUCAACGAGCAUCACCAUCAUCACACGCACAAGGAAACCGAGAACCAUCACCAUCAUCACGGACACGGACACAAGGAACAUCACAAGCAUCAGCACAAGGAGGACCACAAGCAUCAUCACGGCCACGAGCACAAACACGGCCACCAUGAAGAGCAUCAUCAUGGCCAUCACGAGGAUCAUCAUCACAAACACGGUCAUCACCACAAACACGGCCAUCACGAAGACCACAAACAUCAUCAUCACGACGAUCAUCAUCACAAGCACGGGCACGAGCACAAGCACAGCCACCACGAGGAGCACCACCACGGUCACCAUGAGGAUCACAAGCAUCACCAUCACGAGGACCAUCAUCACAAGCACGGGCAUGAGCACAAACACGGGCACAAGGAGGACCAUCACCACGGACAUCACGAGGACCAUCAUCACUCCCAUCAUCAGGAUCAUAAGCAUCAUCAUCACGAGUCCCACAAGCACGGCCACGAGCAUAAAGAGGACCACAAACACGGCCACGACCACAAGCAUCAUCACGAUCAUCACGAGAGCCAUCAUCAUCACGAGCAUCACAAGCAUCACGAGGGACAUGAACACAAGCACAGUCACAAACAUCAUGAGGGACAUAAACAUUUCGAGGACCACCACCACAAGCACGGACACGAGCAUCACAACAAACACAACGAGGACCAUCAUCAUUCCGUGUUCGAGGGCCACGAUCACGAACAGUACAAAAGUUUCGGCCAUCACUUCGGUGCUUCGCAGACCCACGAAGAGUACGUAUUUCCGGAAGAGAGCGCGGCAGUCCCCGUGACACCGCCGGUGGAGGAUGUUCUGAAGAUCACAAAGCCGCCGGGAGUAACGGAGUCCGCGGAGCAAGUAGCGGUCGUGCAAGUGUAG